CAUGGAUGCCUUUCUGAAACCUGCAUGAUCAUGUACCACUUAAACUGUCAGUGUGUUGCAGAUUUUGGUUUGCUUUGGAGAGAGGAGGGUCAGUGGGGCCCUCCUGGGAGGAAUCCCAGCAACAAACCACUCUUCUGAUGAAAGGCCAGCCAGCUGAGUGAUCUGCAUUGCAGCUAGUACUACAAGCGAGCAUUUUGUACAAGUGUCAUUUUCUCUCUGCCAAUCCACAAGAAACCAACUGCUUUCUCCUACCCAAUAUCACCCUUGCCCCUUUUAUAUACUCUUCCUCUCAUCACCUUCUCGAUCGGCCUCUCUCCUCUCCUCUCAUCAGCUCACACCCCCAACCAACAAACCUAGUUAAUUUAGCUCUAGUUGGUUCAUCCCUGCUGCACUGCGAGCUCAAGUAAUCGAUCUGAGCUCUGAAGAAAAAGGUGGUAGAGUGCGAGGAAGAUGUAUCACCCGCAGUGCGAGCUCCUGAUGCCGCUUGAGAGCCUGGAGAUGGACGUCGGCCAGUCGCACCUCGCCGCCGCCGUCGCAGCAGCCAUGCCGGGGGAGCUCAACUUCCACCUCCUCCACUCGCUCGACGCCGCCGCGGCGGCUGCCUCCUCCACCGCCGCCUCGGCCUCCUCCCAGCCCACCGUCGACUACUUCUUCGGCGGCGCCGACCAGCAGCCGCCGCCGCCGGCGGCGAUGCAGUACGACCAGCUGGCGGCGCCGCACCACCACCAGACGGUGGCCAUGCUGCGCGACUACUACGGCGGCCACUACCCGCCGGCGGCGGCGGCGGCGGCGGCCACCGAGGCGUACUUCCGCGGCGGGCCAAGGACGGCCGGGUCGUCGUCGCUCGUGUUCGGCCCGGCCGACGACGAGUCGGCCUUCAUGGUCGGACCCUUCGAGAGCUCCCCGACGCCGCGGUCCGGCGGCGGCAGGAAGCGUAGCCGCGCCACCGCCGGCUUCCACGGCGGCGGGCCGGCCAACGGCGUCGAGAAGAAGGAGAAGCAGCGCCGCCUGCGGCUCACCGAGAAGUACAACGCCCUCAUGCUCCUCAUCCCCAACCGCACCAAGGAGGAUAGAGCGACGGUGAUCUCAGACGCGAUCGAGUACAUCCAGGAGCUAGGGAGGACGGUGGAGGAGCUGACGCUGCUGGUGGAGAAGAAGCGGCGGCGGAGGGAGAUGCAGGGGGACGUGGUGGACGCGGCGACGUCGUCGGUGGUGGCGGGGAUGGAUCAGGCGGCGGAGAGCUCGGAGGGCGAGGUGAUGGCGGCGGCGGCGAUGGGCGCGGUGGCACCGCCGCCGCGGCAGGCGCCGAUCCGGAGCACGUACAUCCAGCGGCGGAGCAAGGAGACGUUCGUGGACGUGCGGAUCGUGGAGGACGACGUGAACAUCAAGCUCACCAAGCGCCGCCGCGACGGCUGUCUCGCCGCCGCGUCGCGCGCGCUGGACGACCUCCGCCUCGACCUCGUCCACCUCUCCGGCGGCAAGAUCGGCGACUGCCACAUCUACAUGUUCAACACCAAGAUUCAUUCGGGAUCUCCAGUGUUUGCAAGUGCAGUGGCCAGCAGGCUGAUUGAAGUGGUGGAUGAGUACUAACUAGCUCGAGCUAGCUAAUUAGCCGACCGACCGAUCGAUAUGAUGAAAGUUUCUAUGUUGCUAGCUAGCUAGGGUUCUUGGAUGCAUGAGUACUGAGUAGCUCUUUAAUUAAUUUCCUUUUAAUUUUAGACUGUUUAAUUUGGAUUGGUAAAGACUCGUGUUAGCUUUUGGGAGAUCUUUGGUAUGUCAUGGUUUGCAUGUAUUAUUUUGGUCUACUUGGAUAAAUAAUUGAUGCUCUUUGAGACGUUAAUUAAUAACAUGUAAAUAUUGGAUUAUA